AUGUCGUACGAUAUGACAACUGGCACUGCAAAAUUUGAACGAAUGACAAAAGAAGAAAAAUUACGUUUUUGUCAAGAUCUUAUUAAACAAGCUGCUAAUUUAACUAAAUCACCAGAUUUAAGUGGUGUUCGUUCAACAGGAAGUAAAUCUAGUAGUAGUGGUGUACGUUCAACAAGUAAAUCAAGUAAACGACCAGCUUCAAUUAGUGGUACUCUAUCGAAAAAAACUAAAAGUGGAACAUUAAGUCAUGAUGAAAAAUCAAAAUUGCAUAGUAAAUCAACUAUAGCUAAACAAUCAGCAUCAAAAUCUAUGGUCAAAUCAUCUACACCAUCAAAAUCGAAGACAAAUUUUCGUCAUUCUUCUUCAGUUCGGUCGGGAGAUAAUAAAUCGAAAGCAAAUAGUAACAUAUCUUCUAUACGUACAGGUGGUGGUAUUCAAUCAAGUAUGAAAGCAGCUAUUCCUAUAAACCGAUUAGUAAUGAUUCAACAAAUUGACCGAUCAUCUACUAGACCGAACUAUGUCAAAAAUUCUCGACCGAUUACAACUCUGUCAAUGCGUAGUAAUAAAUCAAAGAGUAAACCACAACAUCCAUCUAAAGCGGCUUCACAUUCAUCAGUAAAAGUUGAUGGUACAAGUGCUGUUCGUUCGGCUUCAAAUACAAGUGGUAAAAAAACAAGUGUAAAAAGUUCAACAUCAAAAGCUGGAUCCAAGACUGAUUUGGGAGAUUCAUCAUCUAUCGCUGUCACACCAACUAGUGCCCAUACAAAAUCAGGAACUAUAUCGAAAUCAACAGCACAUAGCCAAAGUCGACCAGCUGGUGGUACUUCAAGCAUUCGUUCUACUGUUGCUUCAAAAUCAGAUAAGAAAACGAAUGGAACUCAAAAGGCAAAAUCAAGCACUAAGAAAAAGACAACAACUAAAUCUGUUCGUUCACCAUUAAAAUCCUCACCAAUGAGUACCAAGACUGAUAGUAAAAUUAGUGUAAAGAAUAAAACUAAAUCAAGUACAAAAACAACUGGAAAACACCGAUCAAAACAUUCACGUAUACCAAUAAAAGAUUAUACUGAAACAUGUGCUGUACAAUUUGUACCAAAAUUUAAUGCGAAUUCAACAAAAAAUCAAGUACCAAUUUAUCAUCUUAUUCGUCAUGCAUUUGGUAAUAUGGUACGUGAAGCUAUAUGUCAAUUAGAUAAAGAAAAAUCCGGUGUUAGUUCUCAACAAAUUAUUGAUCAUAUACUUAAACAUUAUUCAUUUCCAAAUAAUAUAUCUCAAAGUGCUAUACGUAAUCGUACAAUAUUUACAAUUAAUGCUGGUUUACGUGCUGGUACACUUCUUACAGUUAGUCCAAAUAAAGGUGUUCGAAUUGGUCGUAUGCGUCGUAUUUAUCCACGUAUGCUUUGCUAA